GGGCUUAGCCAUGGGAGAAGUAGGCGGCGCCUGUGGGGCUCUGCAGGCGGAGGCCGAGGGAGCGGCGGAUGGAGAGCCGGGCAUGGCUGCCGAAGGGAUGGAUCCCAAUUCUACUUUUGUUUGAUAAUAAGAUUGCUUGGCAACCCCAAAAAAGCUAGAAAAGAUAUCAGUUGUUUCUGUUUUCAGAAGAUUAUUGACUCAGAUUUAACAAACUAUAAUGAUUUGGUGGCAUCAAUCGUAGAGGAGUAUGCACCUGGAUAUUUGGAAGUUCCACAUCUUCAAUACUAUGAUGAGGUUCUGAACACAUUUCCAGAAAUAAAAUCUGAUCAAGAAUUGAUGACAAUGUUUGAGAAACACUCCGAGACAAAGUCUGUUCAAAUGUUCAUUCAAUAUUGUGAUCCCUCUGAACCAUAUAUGCCAAUCACUAAGUAUGUCCAACAGAACAGCAAGACAUCACAAGAUGAGGAUAGUUACCUUCGGAACCCAAUACCCGAGAAUGAGCAUGUUGGUAUUGAUGAAGAAGAGAACAUGUAUUCAGAUAAAGAACCUAUUCCUUUAAAUGUGGUUCUAUUUGCUGAUAAAGAGAAGGACAGAAACUAUUUUCCUGAGGAUGUGAGUGUGGAUGAGAGUGAGGAUGAGAGCGAAGUAGAGGAGGAUGAGGAGGUACAUGAGCCAAACCAUGCACCAAAUGUUGAGUACGAUAGAGAAGACCCUCCAAUGACCGUAGGAUCAACAUAUCCUAAUAUGAAUGAGUUUAAGUUGGCCAUUCGUCAACAUGCAGUCAAGCGUGAUUUCGAGUUUAACACAGAGAAGAGUGCACCACAUAGGUUCACAGCCCAUUGUAAAAGAAAAGAUGAAGAUGAUUGUCCAUGGAGGAUACAUGCAUCCACAACAGAUGAUUUGUGUACUGUAGUGGUGAAAACAAAUCCUUUUGAUCAUGAUUGUUCCAGUACAAAAGGAAAAAAGAAGGUGAAAAAUGCAACUAAGCACUGGAUAUGUGAGAAGGUGAAGGACUGGCUCAUUGAAGAUGCAAAUCUUGGUGCAGAUGAAUUGCGAAAGAAGCUUAAAGAACACUACAAGAUCAAAAUUCACUACAAAAGAGUCUAUAUGGGUAAGCUGCUAGCUUUGAAACAACUAUAUGGUGACUGGGAUAGCAGCUUAAAUAAUUUGUAUAGAUUUAAAUCACAAGUUGAAAGUUGUUGCCCCGGUAGCAUAGUGCAGAUCGAUCAUCAUACUAUAAAUGGUAACAUCAGGUUUAGAAGAAUAUUUGUUGCUUUUAAACCUUGCAUAGAGGGGUUCCGUGUUGGCUGUAGACCAUACUUGGCCGUGGACAGCACCUUCUUGACAGGCAGGUUUAAGGGGCAGCUAGCUAGUGCUACUGCUGUUGAUGGCCAUAAUUGGAUGUAUCCGGUCUGUUUUGGAGUUUUUGACUCCGAAACUAAUGAGAACUGGAUCUGGUUCAUGCAGCUGCUUAGACAGGCCAUAGGAUCACCUCUAGGUUUAGCCAUAUGCACUGAUGCUGGGCAGGCAGUGAUGACUGGGGUGAAGGAAGUGUUCCCGGAGGCAGAACAUCGAGAAUGUAUGUUUCACUUGGUGAGCAACUUCAAGAAGAAGUUUCAUGGGAAGGUGUUUGAUGACCACCUUUGGGCUGCUGCAUACUCAUGGAACCCGUAUGUAUUCGACAAACAUUGGGUUGCAAUGGAGGAAGUAAAGCCAGCCGCAACUGCAUAUAUAAGGAAGUGGCACAAUAGGUUGUGGUCCAGGAGUCAAUUUUCUACCUUGUGCAAGGUGGACUAUGUAACCAACAACUUGGCGGAGUGCUUUAAUAAUUGGAUUAAGCACUACAAAUCAUUGAACUUAGAUGAUUUCAUGGACAAGGCAAGACAGCUUAUUAUGAUAAUGUGGAACCGAAGAAGAAAAGUAGCAAAGAAGUUAGAUGCUUUGGUUCUGCCUCACCUCAUGAAAAGGCUAAAUGCAAUGACCAGAGAAUUUAACUUGGAGGUGGUAGAAAGCUCAGAAAUAUUGGCUGAAGUGACUGCAUUGGGAGGUAGUGGUUUUAGGUUUGUUGUCAACUUGCAAGAGAGGACAUGUUCUUGCAGACAAUGGCAAGUUUCUGGCCUUCCUUGCAAACAUGCUCUUGCCUUCAUUACAUCACUAAGUGAUGCACACAUAAAGAACUAUGUCGACUCGUAUUACUCCGUUGACACAUUUAGAGCAGCUUAUGCCCAACUAAUCCCUGCUAUGCCCGACAAGAGUCAGUGGCCUAAAUCUGUCCAUGGAUUCUUCAUGCAUCCACCAUUACUAAAGGCUACAGCUGGUAGGCCUAAAUUUGAGAGGUACAAAGGUUGCAGCGACAAGAAAAGUAAAAGAGGCAAACAUUUGUGCCCUAUUUGCAAGGAUUAUGGGCAUCAUUGGCACAACUGUAAGAAGGGCAACCCGGAUGACAUUGCUGCAAUGAUGGCUGUUAGAGAACCACCAAAGAGGAAGAAAACGACCAUCAAAACAGCUGAAUCAUCCAUUGUGCCGUGCGACGAUGGAGCACCAACAAGGAUGUGUUUCCCACCAAGUAGCCUUAGCUUGGAAACUACAACAAAGAAAAAGGGAAAAGAAGCAAAAUCUAGUGCUUCUGCAUCAAAAAGGAAAAGCUUGGAGGGCACAAGUAGCAACAAGGGGAAAAAGGCUAAAUAUGAAUCUGGAGGAUCGAAGAGAUCAGAAACAUGCUCAAAUCAACUUGUGCCGCUUUCCAUCGAGCAAAAUAAGAAAGAGCAUGUUACAAAAAUUCUGGUGCCAUUUGACAGCCCAGCAAUGGGUACAAGAAGCAAAAGAAUUAACAGUGCUAGCCCUGCAAUGAGCACAAGAAGCAAAAGAAGGCUAAGCUUGUGAUUCUGAAAUGUGGAGCCGUUUGUAUGGAACUUGUAAUGUGUCCACUUGUA